AUGAAGACAACAACGACGGCACUUGCCCUAAUAGCAAGUAUAUUAGCCGUACCGGCAGACGCACGUAAUAUACCAAGUAGUAUCGGCCAACCUACAGUUGUAAGCUUGGCUACUCAACGAAAGACUAUAUCGAAUCCAGUAAAACGGGAUCGUUUACGGCGAAGAGAUGGGACAGUUAAGGCUGAAUUAGACAACGAGGAAACAUUGUAUUUCGUCAAUGGCACGUUAGGAACGCCAGCGCAGUCUAUACGGAUGCACUUAGAUACCGGCAGCAGUGAUCUUUGGGUUAACACAGCAUCUUCGUCACUCUGUUCUAAAUCGUCGAAGCCUUGUGCCUUUGCCGGAACAUAUGCCGCCAACUCGUCUUCUACUUACGGAUAUGUUGGGAGCUGGUUCAAUAUCUCCUAUGUCGAUGGCUCCGGGGCCACGGGCGACUAUGUCACCGAUACGAUUACUAUUGGGGGAACGACGUUAACUGAUUUCCAAUUUGGGAUCGGGUACACGAGUAGCUCCGAACAAGGCAUCCUUGGCAUUGGCUACGCCGUCAACGAAGUACAGGUUGGGAGAGCAGGAAAGAAAUCAUACGAAAACUUGCCGAUGAAGAUGAAGUCAGCUGGUCAGAUACAACGAAAUGCUUACAGCUUAUGGUUGAACGAUCUCGAUGCGAAUACGGGCAGCAUCCUAUUUGGGGGGGUCGACACCGCGCAGUAUACGGGAAGCCUCCAGACGCUACCAAUCCAAGCGAACAACGGCGUCUACUCGGAAUUUAUGAUCACAUUGACUUCUUUGUCUGUGGGUAAUUCAACCAUCGCUGAUAACCAGGCCCUCGCAGUCUUGCUUGAUUCCGGUUCCUCACUCACCUACUUGCCUGAUGAGAUGGUUGAGGAUAUUUAUGAGGCGGUCAAUGCGCAAUACGAUUCGAGCGCAGGUGCGGCCUACGUCCCAUGUUCCCUGGCUAACCAGAAGGCAACCGUGGAUUUCGUGUUCUCAACCCCGAAGAUAUCGGUAGAAAUGAACGAGCUUGUCCUCGACCUAAUAACGGCAAAUGGGCAGCGGCCUACAUUCUCGAACGGUGUGACGGCUUGUCUAUUCGGCAUCUCCCCAGCCGGCUCGGGAACCAACGUGUUGGGCGACACCUUCCUUCGAUCCGCUUAUAUCGUAUACGACCUCGACAACAACGAGAUCUCGCUUGCGUCGACGAACUUCAACACGACGGAAUCCAAUAUCCAGGAAAUCCCUAGUGGUACAGGGAUCCCUAACGCUACUGCGGUAUCCAACUCCGUGGCAGCAACGUCAGGCAUUGUCAGAGGUACCGGCAAUGGCAAUGCCGGCCUGGGCGACAGCACAUCCAACAGCGCUACGGGUAACGACGGCACUUUUUCGAUGGCCGCUCUAAUUGUGCCAUUUGGAGUGUCUAUAUUGAUCGCGAUACUAUAA